CCAAUGCACCGCUUGCCAAACGUCAACAGAACGACUUCUAGUUGGCUGCAUCAUCGCCGUACCUGUCGCGCAUUGUCGUGCCUUGCUCUCCUCUCAAGUCUCCAGGCCUUCGCGAUCCCAAAUCUCUCGCCGUAUUUCAUCCGUCCCGCCGGUCCUCCGAGAUGAGCGCACGGCGCUGAGACACCUCUCGAUCUCUUCGCCCGCCCACCGCAGGCCUCCCUGGCUUUCGCUCACCAUGCGGGACGAUCCGGCAACUACAAACCUACCGGACUACUGCAACCCCAACGUGAUCGCCGGGCCAAGCAGUACCGACACCUAUGUCCAGCUCGUCAUCUCUCUGAUCCUGGGCUUGUCCGCCUUCAUCGCGUUUUGUAUCAUACGGCCACGAUGGAAGACCCUAUACUCCGCGCGCAAGCGCCGCCUCGAUCCCCACGUCAACCUUCCCGCGUUGCCCGACACUUUCCUGGGAUGGAUCCCCGCCUUGUACCGCAUCACUGACGACCAGGUGCUCGCGUCGGCCGGCCUAGACGCGUUCGUGUUCCUCUCCUUUUUCAAAAUGGCGAUCAGACUCUUCGCGACAAUGUUGUUCUUCGCCUUGGUGGUCCUUCUCCCGAUCCACCAUAUGUACGUGAGACCACCGAAGCAGCCAAGCAAUUCGUCCCAUGCCCUGCUCGUCAACAAAUACAAUACCCAUCCGGCACACGACCCGACCAGCCCUUUCACAACAAGGGAUGACGAGAAUCCUGACACCAGUUGGGCUUGGAGCUAUCUCUGGGCUUAUCUCGUUUUCACAUGGUUCUUCUCAGGAUUGACCUUCUACUUCAUGAACUCGGAGACUAUCAAGGUGAUCAAGAUCCGGCAGGACUACCUUGGCACUCAACGAACCAUUACGGAUCGCACGUUCCGGCUCGUCGGCAUCCCAGAGGAUCUCCGGACCGAAGCCAAAGUUAAGGAGUUUGUCGAAAAUCUCGAGAUAGGACAUGUUCGCUCGGUGACUUUGUGCCGGAAUUGGUCUGAGAUUGAUGGUCUUAUGGCUGAGAGGCAGUCGACGCUGCGCAAGCUCGAAGACACUUGGACUGUCUAUCGUUCUCGACAAGCGACCAUUCCGCCUCCACUGUCCAACCAUGAGCCGCGAGCGGUGCAUGACGUACAGCCCAACGCUGAUGAAGAAGCGCCAGAGUCAGAGAGGCUGGUAGCGGGCCAGAGCCUUGAACCGCUGAUGCGCAGGCCGACCAUCCGUGUUCGUUAUGGCCUCCUUAAGCUACGAAGCCGUGUCACAGAUGCGCUGGAUUACUACGAAGAGAAGCUCCGCCGCCUGGACGAGAAAAUUUUGGUUGCGCGUAAGAAGGAGUACAAGCCCACCAAUACCGCUUUUGUCACGAUGACUACUACUGCCGCGUGCCAAAUGGCGGUGCAGGCACUCAUGGAUCCCCGUCCCGGACAACUACUCACAAAGCCCGCUCCUGCGCCUCAGGACGUGGUAUGGAAGAACACGUACGCGCCGCGAUGGAAGCGUUUCCUGCGAGCCUGGUCGGUCACCGCAUUCAUCACAGUUCUUUCCAUCGUGUGGCUUUUCCCCGUGGCUCUACUCGCAUCACUCAUCAACUUCUGCAACUUGGAGAAGGUUGUUCCGCAUCUGGCCAAGUCGCUUGAGAAACAAGCGCUCACAAAAGCCCUCGUUCAGACUGGAUUACCGACCCUCAUCAUUUCUUUACUGAACAUUCUAGUCCCAUACCUCUACGAUUACUUGUCGAACCAGCAAGGCAUGAUCUCUCAGGGCGACGUUGAACUGUCGGUCGUCUCGAAGAACUUCUUCUUUGUCUUCUUCAACAUCUUCGUGGUCUAUGCCAUUACUGGGAGUGCAGCACUGGCUGGCCUGUUGCAGAAGCUGCGCGAAUCAUUCAACGAUAUUCAGCAACUUGCACUUGCCCUUGCCGAUAGCAUCCAGAAGCUCAACAAAUUCUACUUCAACUUUAUCAUGCUGCAAGGCAUCGGUCUCUUCCCUUUCAAGCUCUUGCAGUUUGGCAGCAUCGCGCUCUACCCAAUUCUGCGCAUGGGGGCAAAGACUCCCCGUGACUUCUCGGAGCUUGAUGUGCCCUCUCCUUUUCAAUACGGUUUCUACCUCCCAACAGCCCUGCUCGUUUUUAUCCUGUGUUUGGUGUACAGCAUCCUGCCUGAUGCUUACCUCGUCCUUGGGCUCGGGACGGUGUACUUUGCCCUAGGGCACUUUGUGUUCAAGUAUCAGGUCCUGUACUCAAUGGAGCAACCCCAGCAUGCGACGGGUCGCGCUUGGACCAUGAUCUGCGAGCGGAUCAUCCUAGGACUGGCAGUGUUCCAGGUCACCAUGAUUGGCGUACUACUGCUACAGUCGGCAUUCUUCGCGGGAGGACUGAUCGCGCCGCUACUCCUAUUUACCUUCUGGUACUUCAGGUACUAUCGCGAACGAUAUGCACCGCUCUCGCGAUUCAUAGCUGUGCGAAGCAUCAAGAGGGACUCUGACCCCGGUACAACUAGUCACCCAGACCAGGGAAACGAGCCCGGCAGCAACGAAAUGCGCCUGACGCGCAGGAUGAGUACUGUCGAUGAGGAUAGAGAAAAGGGCAUGAGAUACAUGAACCCGAGCUUGACAGCCCCCCUGGAGCAGCCAUGGAUUUAUCAAGAUCCUCCGCCCGCGCUUACGCCACAAGAGUCUGUUCUAAGUCAAUCGGGCGCUGGCGCAAGCCCGCAGCUAGGGCACGAGAAUGGUGAUACGCGGCCUCGUGCGCCGCCUACGAUGUAUCGGGAUGAGAGUGAAGCAAGCUCUUUCAGCCUAGGCGAUACUCAUGUAUGGCAGAGCGAGAAUGGUCCGCAGCAGGUAUAGAGUGAGGAUGGUCUGCGAAAUGGAAGGGAAUUCAAAUGAUGCCUACAGAUACCCACUACUUCAUUAUUAGACUGAUAUACUUCUAUUCGUAUAUACAACUGGAACUCAUUCUCAGGCAU